ACACCUGAACGGGCUCGCGACGGUUGUCAGCCCUGCGAAGUUGAAGUUCUGGUGAUAAAAAAUAGAGAACGGUGUUGUAGAGAGUUGGAGACGACCAGAAGGCAGUGGAAUGCGGAUACGCCGCGAAAGUGAACGGUCACAAUGAAUACAAAAACAAGCUUGAAACGAGUGUACAACUAUUACAGCGGAACAGAACAUGGCGUGGGAAGGGACAGUCCUGGCGCGCUGCUGGAUAUGCUGGCGGAAGUUGCAUCACAGACAUUACACUCGGAGAAAAAAUGGACGGAAUCUAAUGCCCCUUUGAAAUCUCAGUCAAAGAGGCCUUCCGUUAAACGAAAAUGUCAACAAGAACCAUCCUUCACCACGUCCCAACUACUGUCAAUGCCAGCUACUCAGCUAGUAAAACAGUUUUCUGUUUUUAAUAGCGAUGAGUUGAAGCGGCAGUAUUCUUACACUUGCGCUCUCGUUCCUGGAUGCGGGCAAAGGUAUACAAGCUUUGCCAGCGAAGGUAGAGCCAGAAUGUCCAUUAAGGCUCACCUUGCCGAUCAUUUGGAUUACCUCAAAAGGGAUAAGGUUGCAUACUCUACUUUCACGGCGAUAGCAGUCAAGCAGCGAAGUCCCAAGUCAAAUUCUUUGAACAAAAAGAUGAGGACAAAUCAACAGAAAAAACCAGUCGAGGUUUUAAACAAAGAGAACAAGGAGUCAAAGUCUGAAAAGUCGACUAAUUAUUUGCGUAAAAUACUUUCAAAUGAGAUGAGCUUCAUUGAAUUUGAAAAACAGAAGACACAAGCUGAGAUGAACAAAAUUACCGAGGCACAGAAGGCUGAGGUCAAAAAGGAGCCAGAAGAUAUUUCCGGUUUUCAGGUUCUUGGUGAUCACAGUUACUAUGAACAUGAUAAAGUUGCCAGCCAUGAUGAAAAAAUCACCCCUGAUAUGAACGAAAUUAUGGUCAACCAAGCCAUGGGAGAAAAUAUUAUGCUAAUGGUGGUUGAAAGUGACGGAGUUCAUAUGAAAGAGCUGCCUUACAUAGCUCAGGAUAUUUCUGUACCUGCUGAUCAGGAUGAAUCAGAGUCGAUUUACUUACCAGAGUCUGUAACUUGGUCUGAGGACACGAACGAUAGGAAUAUGGAGAUUUCAGUCCCUACAAAGCCAAAAGGGAAGGCAAAGUUUAUAGGAACCAGCAAAGAGGAGCGAGAAAUGGCUUUGGCGUUAAUGGAUCGCAUAAAACGGAAGGGUAAUCCAGCUGGUGGGAAUCUGCAGUGUCGUAUAUGCGAUCCACCGCGAACUUUCACUGCGCCUACAACACUUGUGUCUCACUAUCGCAGUCAUGCCGGCAUCAAGCCGUACGAAUGUCGCAUAUGCAGGGCUGUAUUUACAAGAAGGCACAGUUUGAAGUAUCAUAUGUUAAUUCAUCAGAACCAAACACGUUUCACGUGUGCAGAUUGUGGGAAAAAGUUCAGGCAUCCUUCUCACUUCAGAGAACAUAGACGGCGACAUACCGGAGAAGCACCUUUCGGCUGUGAGGAUUGCGGUCAAAGGUUCAAAACAAGAAACACGUACAAACGUCACUUGAAAACACGCCACGGUAAAGUGCUGACAACGACUGGAGAAUUGUUACAUCUUUCGGAGGAAGACUUUCAAAAAGUACGAACGAAUCCUAAGAGAAGAUCAGUGACUAUCAACUCCGAGAGUAUGCUUGACGAGGACGUAACAGCGCCAGAGGCUAUCAUACAAUUUCAAAACCAGGACGUCAAUGAGCCUGAGGUGAAUCUUCAAAUCGGCGAAGACUUGGAAAACAAUUAUGAAGCAUUAGAUAAAGACAGUGAAAACAGUUGCAACGAAUUUUGGGACAAUGAAAGUGUGGUAGCGGUAGGUGAUGCUGAGAUGAAAGCAGAUCAUUACAGAAAUUAUGAAUAUUUUCACAAUUCUCAAGAAGACAAGACUGAUGACAUCAAGACUGAAAUAGGUGUAAAUAAUCUGGAGUUUGUAAAGGUUGAGAAUGUUUUGGAAACUCUGAAAUACAAAGAGGAGACAGCUAUAGAUAAGGUGAUUAUGGAUGAUCGGUGUAUCAGUGUCGGUAUUGAAGAGGAUAAUGACAUAGAUAAUGAAGGGGUUGUGAAAACUGGGGAAACGACGUUCCACGAUAGCCUUGAUACCCAUUCAGAAAUUUUAUAUGACGAAAAUUCAAGUAAGGCAAAUACCGAUUUGAUUGAGUAUGUCGAGGGGAUUGACAUGACGGGAUCCGGUGAUAAUACCAUGGCUUAUGAACACAACGCAAGUGUUUUGAAGGCUGAUGAAGAUUGCUACAAUUUACAUGCCCAACAGGAGGAAACGUGCGUGCAUUAUUUUGAAGAUAAUUUGAGUUUGGAAAACGAAAUUGAAUACGAAGAAUCUGUGGAAAUACCUCAACAAGUUGAUGAAGAUUCGAGUAUUGCUGGAUAUGACGAAAUGCGUGUUGCCGUAGAAAAUGGUGAGUCAUCACAACUGGAUAUUGUAGAUCCUUUGCAGUCCGAAGAAAUGGUCAAUUGCGAGGAACAAAACCAACGUCUCUUAAUUGGCAAUGAUGGCGACGGCGAACUUUCUCAAGACAGUCAUUCAUCACAUUCUGACAGAGACACUGCAUUGAGAGAGAAUCAAGGUGGAUACAUUUUAAGUGAAACGGAAGUUGCCGGAGAAAAUAGUGAAGCUGCAGGGGCCGGAGAAGGAGGAAGAACAAAAACGCAAUACUCUAACCAACUCAUCCUUAAAGAACAAUCUCGUGUGAUUAAACAUCAAAGUUCACGAGCUAACGUUGCGGUCGAGCACAUAGUUCAAUAUCCAAUGACAAAUUAUGAAGCUGUGGCAAAUCAAGCGCAGCAUAACUCGCCACCUCGUAUUUACUUACAAACCAAUCAAUCAAAUAAUCUUACAAUAGAAAAUAAAGGACUCUUGAGUUUUUUGACACAGAGAAUAAACCUGCAACAGAACUCUGCUGAUAACAAUGCGUUACCGAAAAAUGGAAACGUUGUUAAGCUAUUGAAUGGUCAUCCUCAAUCGUUCAAUCUGCUACAAAACGGAAAACAGAGUACAGUUCUGUUGUUAGCAAGUAGCAACGACAAGAUAAAAAAUAAUUUUUUACAAAGCGAUGCCGAUAGUGAUAUUGGGAUCAAAGCUUUGCCAGUUAUUACCGUACGGCAAAAGUAAAUAACAGCAAUAUACUUCUUGUUACAUUAAUUAUACUUGGCGAUUUUCAUUUGUUAAAUGAUUUGGCGGUGCAGGGGGAGGGACAUUGAAUAAUCAUUAAUUUAGCCUAAAUUGUUACCGGUAAUGAUGAAAAUGGAGUAAUAAAAUGAACACAAACAGACUAAGUUCAUACGUUUGAUAAAAAUAAAGUUAAUGAACACAAAAGUAACAAUGACAGUGGUAACUGAAAUAUUAAUAAUCAUAUUCAUUGUUAUCAUAGUAAUAAAGAUGAUAAUAAUCAUACUAAGCACAGUUAUGAGCACACUAAGGAUAAAAAUAAUUUAAGGAAAAAAAUACAAUCAGAAACACAAUAGAACGAAUCAAAAUAAUUCUUUGAAAGUCGGAAAUAUAAUACUAAUGUAUUACAAACUUCCGUGAAUAAGGUGAUGUGAAAAAAGAAUUUGACGUACCUCAUAUCGUAUUUAUACUUUCUUUAGAGAAUGUUCAUCAUAAUGAAAUAAAAUAUGUGAGUUACAAAUGCAUUGUGAUGGAAGCAAUGCGAUUUCAGUUAUUGAAGCUCAAGUUGAGUAUAACGAGUGAUGAAAAUGUCUUGACAUGUGAAAUCAGAUGAGCAUGUGAUAACAUAAUGAAAGAGGAAGUGAAUUAUUUGGUUUUUUACAAUUAUUAUUCAUCUACGUGGAAGUUUGUAUCCUCCAAAAUUUAUGCUGAUGGAUUAUAAUAUAUGCACCGUCACCUCAUCGAAUAAGUACGUUAUAAGUAAGUUACGAACAUAAGUGGAAACGAAUGACACCAAUUUCCUUUCUUCUGAAAUAUAGAUGCCAGUGAUUGGUAUAAAAGCUCACAAUGGUCUUCCACUUGAGCUAAGCCUACCUCCUAGAUAAUAUCUUUCUAUUUUUUUACAUGUUACUAUGAUUAGAAUUGAUGAAAAAAAAACUAAUAACUCAAUUACGAAAGCAAGUGAAUUGUUCGCGUAAACUGUCACGACAAUUAUUUGAUAAAUUUCAUUUGGAAUUUGUUAUAAACGAAAUUUUGCUGAUUUACAGUGAGUUAUUAUUAUUUUGAAAAAAUAGACAACCUAAGAUAUAACAAUCG